GUUUUCCAAUUGAGUUAGAGGAUAUUAGUUUAUAUAUGAAAUAGACAAAGAAUGUUUGCUAAUUCAACAUAGAUCAAUUGUAAUGGAGAUGCUUCUUCGACCGGUCCUUUUUCCUCUUCUAUUGUUUCUUUUCUGCUCUUCUUGGGUUGAAGGAGCCAUGGAUUGUUGGGGGAACAAAAUCCAACACACCAUCGUAGUUGAUCAACAUGGCAAAGGAGAAUUCAGAACCGUUCAAGCUGCUUUUGAUUCGAUAAAGGAAAACAAUGAUCGAUGGGUCAAAGUUCACAUAAAUGCUGGCACAUACACAGAGAAAGUUCAAAUUUCCAUUUACAAGCCAUGCAUCUUUUUAGAAGGUUCCGGCAAAGAGGUCACGACCAUUACAUCAAGUGGCUUCCACAGUACUUCCACCAUUAAUAUUAAUGCAUCAAGUGAUGACAACAGCCAAAGUGACAACACGGGUGCUACAUUUGUUUCUUUUCCAUCCAAUGUUAUUGUUAUUGGCAUUACUUUCGAGAACUCGUUUAAUCUGGUGGGAUCACAAUCCAUCGCACCUGCACCCGCGGCAGCCAUAUACGGUGACAAAUCUGUGUUCUUUAAGUGUGGUUUCGUAAGUUAUCAAGAUACUUUAUUUGAUUCAAAAGGACGUCAUUAUUUCAAAGAUUGUUACAUUGGAGGUGAAGUGGACUUUAUUUAUGGAAGUGGUCAAUCUUAUUAUGAGGCUUGCACCAUUAAUGCUACUCAGGAAAGAUCUUUUCCAGGUUUUGUAACAGCCCAAUUCCGAGAUUCAGAAAUUGACACAAGUGGUUUUGUAUUUAGAGCUGGUUGCGUAAUGGGAAUUGGUAGAGUGAAUCUGGGAAGAGCAUGGGGACCUUAUUCAAGAGUUAUAUUUCACGGAACAUACUUAUCUCCAAUAGUAUCACCAGAAGGAUGGAAUGCUUGGGAUUACACCGGCCAAGAGUCUAACUUAACUUAUGCGGAGGUUGAUUGUACCGGACCAGGAGCAAAUACUGCAAAACGCGUUAAAUGGGAAAAGAACCUUACUGGUUCACAGUUAAAUGAAUUUUCUUUAUCAUCUUUUAUCAACCAAGAUGGGUGGCUUUCCUACUUACCAAUUACAUUUUAGUGAUUUCUUUUCCAAAAUAUGGGGUAACAUGUGUAUGGUUAAUCAAGAUUGGUAUAUAUAAUUUUUCAAUUUCCUAUGGGUUAAUCUCCUUGUGUUUAAUCACUCCAAG